GGCGCUCCCCGCGCGCUUCUGCAUAAAACGCUGGCUCUCAGGUGUUCUGCGUGUUCAAAACAACCCAUUGCCAUCUAAAACCGUUUAUGUUCUGUGUGAAACAAUGUCAGACUAACUGAUAUGCGAUCAAUAGACAGCCUUCUCCACCAGGCACCUGUUGGAGAGAUUUCUUCAGAAACAAUGGGUGACAUUCUCAACCAAAGCGGAUGGGCAACUCUGAACAGAAGUUUAACGGAUCAGCACAAGUUCAGCAGUCUGGAAGACAUCGAUGUGACUGCUGACGGCAGCCUCGUCCUGCGGAUUAUCAUCUCAGUGGUUUAUUCUGCGGUGUGCGCCGUGGGUUUGGUCGGAAACCUUUUGGUGUUUUUCCUUAUGAAAAUAAGACAAGGUCGAAAGAAAUCAAUCAUUAAUUUCUUUGUCAUCAAUUUAGCUGUCACCGACUUUCAGUUUGUUCUGACCUUGCCUUUCUGGGCUGUAGACACGGCGUUGGAUUUCAGCUGGCCGUUUGGUAACGCCAUGUGCAAGAUCAUUUUAUCAGUCACUGUGAUGAACAUGUACGCCAGCGUCUUUUUCCUCACCGCGAUGAGCAUCACGCGCUACUGGUCUGUCGCCUCUGCUUUAAAGAUCCCUUCUCGAAAGAAGUCCGUGUCUGUGAAGUGGAUCUGUGCUGUAUUGUGGAUCCUGGCGACUGUGGCAACUGCUCCAACUUCCAUUUUCUCCACCGUGACAGUUGUGGCAGGUGAAAAACUCUGCCUCCUCAAGUUUCCAGAUGGCCAGGAUUGGCUCGCUUUGUAUCACCUUCAGAAAAUUGUCAUUGCGUUUAUCUUGCCCAUGUUUAUUCUCUCAGUAUGUUAUCUGUUACUGCUGAGGUUUAUCCGAAAGAGGGGCAUUAAUACCCAUCAAAGAAGAAGAUCGAAAGUAGCAAAGUCUGUAACGGUGGUGGUCCUCUCUUUCUUCAUCUGUUGGAUGCCUAACCAUGCGAUAACCCUCUGGGGCGUGCUGGUCAAACUGAACGCAGUGCACUGGGACAAAACAUACUACAUGGUGCAUACGUAUGUAUUCCCCGUGACUGUUUGUCUUGCUCAUACUAAUAGUUGUUUAAACCCAGUUUUGUAUUGUUUAAUGCGACGGGAGUUUAGGAAAAUAUUGCAUAGUUUCUUUUUGCGCAUCUCCUCGCCUGUUAUUUCGAAGGCUGGAAAACUAUAUGGAUACAGCCGAGGCAGCAAUCAAAACCUGGAUGACGCACACACUGGAAUUCAUUUAAACGUGAUUGACGCACAACGCUCCCAACAAUCCAGACAACCGACCUUAUACUGACAACAUUCACAGGCUUUCAGACAGAUUCUUUUAACUGCUUGAACAGUGGACUUAUUUUUAUUUAUUUAUUUAUUUAUUUAUUUAUUUAUUUAUUUAUUUAUUUUCCCGAUAAACCAAAUGGGUGCUGUGAUUUGAGAACGACGAAUGACUAGUUUAUGACUUGAACAGUUUUAAAGCGGUUUUAUUUGUUGGUAUUUAUAUGCUUACUGAAUAUAAACAUGUCCAAGUUAGACCCAAUGGCUAAAAAGAAAAAAGAAAGAAAGAAAAGAAAAAAGAAAAAGAAGAUAUAAUUAGGCCAUGUUUUGUCCUGCAUCUGCCACGCCUAUUUGACUAUUCUUCUUUGCCACUUUUUGAUUGAUAUUGGAUUAACAAUAUGUCCAUUUAAAAUAAAAAAUACACUGAAAUGCAAAGAUAUUCUGAGCUCUGAAUCAAUGCUUGAAAAACUGUAGUUAUACUAGUGCUGU